AUGAAUAAAUUGACCAUAGAAAGUAAAUUUAUAAAACUUAAAGAUUAUAACAAUACCCAAGUUACCAAAUUUAGAUUGUUAGAACGAGAUGUGAACAAUGAAAAGGAGAUUAUAAUGUAUUCUAAUUCAAGCGAUAAAACCAGCAGCGCUGACUAUAGUACUAAUAGCAAUAUUGAUGUUAGCGAUAUCUCAGAAAUGGCUUUUGUUAGUAGUUCGCAGACAUCUGAUGAUAUAAUUCCCUCAAAUGAUAUCUAUUUUACUUCGCACAUUUCAUCUUCUUCAGUGUUUCAAGAUACGUCCACCCCUAAUGCUAUUUCUACCUCUCUGGGGUAUUUGUCACAAACUAACCCUAUAGACUCAGAUUUAACAUCUACAACAAUUGAACCAAGUUCUGUAUUAUAUAGUUCAACUUCUAUCACAACUCCUUUGACCACUAUACCGACCACUUCAAACUCUAUUGUACCUGAUUACUCAGUAUCUUUUCACGCUACUAGUAUCGUUAUUCCAAGCAGUUCCUCAUAUAUGUCAUAUUCAACUUCUAAUUUUGCCUUAACAAAUUCUGUCAAAAGUUUUAGAAGUAACAGCAACUUACCAACAACGCAAUUGGUCAUUCCUAGUGAAAGUUCACACGUGGACACCAGUACUAGUCAGACCACUGCUGCUUCUCCUCAAUCUGUUUCCGGUUCUUCUAGUUCAUCUUUGAAUUCAAAAAUUCCGUUUGUCCAGCCCUUGGUAGUUAUGAAAACAACAACAACGUCAUCAUCAUCAUCAUCGUCUGGAGAAAUCCCGAAUACCCAAUAUCCAGAUAGCGAAGACGGAAAUGGAGCUACAUUUGCAAGUGGGACUACAUCACAUUCCCUAGCUACAUUUUUAGUUGAUACUACUUUCAGGGUUGACACUUCAAAGACAAAGUUGCCCACUGAGGUUAUUGCUAGCGCGGCACUAACGACAAGUACAUUUUCAGCUGCUGGUGCCUUUUCUGCUUUAUUAACAUCAACUACUAAUUCUGUUACUUCCAUGCAAACCUUAAUUAGCGAUAUUAUACAAUCUGCUACUCCAACUAGUAAUUUUAUAAUGGAGUCUUCAGCCAUUAAUAUUAAUACAGAUAACAUUAAUACUAAUACAAAUAUUAUACCAACAAAUGAAAUAACAACUUCAAUUAAACCAUUAACCACUAUUUUAACUAGCGCUCCAACUAUUUAUACUAUUGCAGGAGGGACUUCCAUUUUAAGUUUCGAUAUUAAUAGUGUUAGCAAUAGUCUUACUGGGGGUAUCAUCACAAAUAUUGAAAAUUCCGGCAGUUUAACAGUUACUAAUACCCAGAGUGAUGAUAAUACAAAAAGUACUAUGCAUAUCACCAAUAUUGCAUCUUCUGUUGUGCCAGCUGAAACGUUGAGAACAUCACUUGAAACGCUUGAUAACGGAGAAACUUCUACUAUUGUCACUGAUAACAUUUUUACCGAUAUUAGUACAUACUCUACUAAGGAUAAUUCGCAAAUUGUAAUAUCUAGUGCCGCGCAGAGUAUUAUCACCACAUUUCCAACGAAAAUAUCCUCAUCACUUUUUAUAACUACUCCAACCACGGAUUAUCCAAAUUCAUCUAUCCAGGGAGCAGUAAAAUCAACCAAAACAUUUUUAUCAACCACCAGUUCUGAAGACUUUAUUGUACUGACAACUCUAUCGAAAACUAAUAUGCCAUCAACUACCAGCAUUAUCACUACAGCCACAACUGGUGACACUAAUAGUAAGUCAACAUCACGGAUGAGUAAUUUGGGCUAUAUUAGUAAGUCAACUUUUCAAGAUACAACAAAACCAUUAUUAACUUUUACCUCAUCUAUUAGUACCUCUAAGGAAAGCUAUAUAACUAAUACCAAUCCGUCAAACUCGCUUUCAGAUACUACUGAAGAUAUUAUUAAUGCAAAUACCAAAACGUCCAAACUUUCAAAAUCUACUUACCAUAGAGAAAGUUCUAUUACUGCGAGUAUGAAAGGUACCAUUAAUUCGAUAUUAAUAAGUAAUUCUGUUGUAACCAGCCUGACAACUACACGAAGUACAAUAGAAUCUGCAGGAAGUUUUUUAAAUUCUUUAAGUUCCACUAAAACCCAAAAAAAGUCCACGCUUGUGACAACUACAAAUGAUUUGGUCACAAAAUCUGAAUCAAAACGAUUCUCAUAUAGUAAUACUGGCAAUAUUAAAGGAUCAACUAAUAUUGCCAGCCAUCCAAAACAGUCUUUUAGUGUAACUACAGACAUUUCUUCGAGUAGCGGUGCCGGGAAAGUGUCAGCCACCACCAAUUUAAUAUAUCGAACUGAAUCAUCAACUAUUGAAAGUUCUCAUAUAGCUAUUUCUGAGAUUACUUCAAGAGUAUCUAGCAAUAUGGUCCGGUCUGAUACUGUUGAGGAUUCUGCGAGUUCAGUAGCAUUGAGUACAUUUCCAUUGACAUCAACAACAGGCAACUCUAAUACUAAUUGGGUUCCCACGGAAAUUUGGACUAAAACUUCAAAAGCAUUUUCUUCUACAUUAACAAAUAAUAUUACACCAACAAGUGUUAAUUUACCACAGGAAAUUUUACCGCAUUCGGUCCCAUCACAGUUACCAUCUGAUUAUACUUUAAUAUCUAUUGGGUUUAAAAAAACAUGGGCGUAUCCUUUUUUAGUAGCUAAUCCUAUUUCAUCAGCCCAGCUUUUUGCAUUUUUGCCGUCAAUUUUAAUAUAUCCGUUUCAAAACAAAACAAUUGACCCCGAUACCAUGAAACAGCAAGAAGCCCGUGUGCAUGAUAAUAAUUGUACAAGCGCAUUUGCCUCUGCUAAUGUUACUUUCAGCAAUUGUAACGCCAAGCAUGCUGCUGUGGCACAAACUUUAGCGAACCCUUUUUAUAAUGUCUCUUUUUUAAAUGUCACAGUUAAAGAUAUUGUACCAUUGAAUUGGGAUAACACAUCGUAUACGAUAGCAAUUGCAGAAGUAUACUUCCCAAAAGUACUGGUUAAUGAGUUACAAGCUAUGAUUUUAAACAAUGCUUCUUCUUUGUACCAAAACCCAAAAGAGUACUUACAAAUUAUAACUUCAUUAAUCAAUCCACGAGUUCCGUUGUUGGGCAUUAUUUCGAGUCAUGGUUUAAUAAUAUCCUCUAAUACUGACACAGUUUCGACAUCUACUUCUAAUGCCUUAGCGACCAAAUCUAAUUUAGCAACUGGUACCACUGGACCUACACAACAGACUGGCCUUGGUGGUGACACUGGAUCUUUAGGAGGUGACAUUAACGAGGCUUAUAAUAUUGAUAUUUCUCCUAAAAUUAGAGUUAGGUUUUUAAUUUUUUUACUUUUAUUGUCCUUCAUUAUGGUUAUUUACAUAUGGAGCAUUUUAGUGAUUUUGCACCGAUGCUAUAAAAUUGACUUUAUCAAAAAAAGGCUGGGUUCACUUGGUAUUUCAUCUUCAUUAACAAAUAGAGAAGCACCUGAUUUAGAAAAUAAUAGGUGGAAUCAUAGUGUUGGGAAGGUGGGAGAUAAAGAUAAUCCGGCUAUGUAUUAUAAGGGGAAGGAUCAAGUUGAUAGUACUGGAUUUGGGUUGAACAAGGUCAAUGAAAAUAAAACUUUUAAUCACUAUCAAAAUUUUGAGAAUCCAUUUUAUUUUGAGGAUCAAUUUAUUACAAUCAAUGAUGAAUUUACUUGUUCUGUUGACUAUAAUAUUAAAAAUAAUCUGCCUGUAGAAAAUAUUACGUGUAGCAUUGUUACUGAAGGUACUCUAAGAUAUUAUGUUGAUGCAUAUGGUGACUAUUAUUAUGCAGGUGAGUCUCUUGAUGAGAGUUUACAACUUAAUGCCGAGUCGGAUGAUUACGUAGCAGAUGAGUCUAGUAUAGAUGAUUAUAACAGUUCUUUGGAGGAAAACAAGGUUUUAUCCAGUAAAGGAGAUUUGAGUCGGGAUAGUAUGUGCGAAAUUAAUGGAUAUAAUGAAACUGAAAAUAUACAAAAAUCAUGUGAGCCUGGAGACUGUAAUAAUAUCAUAGAUGUGGACUUUGAACUUGACGAAAAUGGCGAUAUUAUAUUGAUAACAAAUGGUCUAGAAGAUGAACUUAAUGAAAAUUUGUAUUCUGGUAAUGCUGAUACAAUAUAUUCGCGGAAUAAUAAUCAUUUUCAUGGUACAGAAUUAACAACACAAGUUUCAGAAAUUGUUUGUAGCAGCAAUAACUCUACUGGUAAUGGCAAAAACGAGAAUGGCGCCAACAUUAAUGGGAAACAUAAGACUACCUAUUGUAAGGAUAGUUUGUUGUUGAAAAAUGGAUCAUUAGUUAACCAGAAUAUCGAUGGAUAUCUGUACAGCCAUGAAGAAGAUAGUGUACAAGAUGUUAAUCUUGAUUACGAUGAAGAGAUUGAAGAUGACGAGUCUGAUGUGAGUGAUGUUAUUAUUGGUGAAAUUGAUGAAUUAGAUCAAGAAAUUUACCGUAGAAUUUUAAAAAUGCACAAUGGUUCAUUAUUUAAUAUUACUAAUAUUAGCACUGCUAGGCACAACAAUACCAACGAAAAUGGUGAUCCUGGUGUUACAGGAGAUAGAAUUGAUUAUAAUAGGUAA